UGCAGCUAAGAAUUGGAAAACCAGGGCAAGAGAGAGAGAGGGAGAAAGAGUUGCAGAGAGUGCCUUUUGCUUGAGAGGGAAGCGAAGAUGUCAGGGAGAGGCAAAGGAGGGAAGGGAUUGGGAAAGGGAGGAGCAAAGAGGCAUCGUAAGGUGUUAAGAGAUAAUAUUCAGGGAAUCACUAAGCCAGCAAUUCGUCGUCUCGCGAGGCGUGGAGGUGUGAAGCGUAUUAGUGGAUUGAUCUAUGAAGAAACCAGAGGAGUUCUUAAGAUCUUCCUCGAGAACGUUAUACGUGAUGCUGUUACUUACACGGAGCACGCUCGCAGGAAGACCGUGACCGCUAUGGAUGUGGUUUAUGCUCUUAAGAGGCAAGGUAGGACUCUUUAUGGAUUUGGAGGUUAGGGUUAGGUUUUGUUUUUCAUUGAGUUUUUCUGGUCUUGGGUGGAAGAAAGUGGCAAAAGUCGGUGUGGAUUUAAUUGAAAAAUUUGUAUUCGUCUCUGGUUUCGAUCUCAUCUGUUUUGUAAAUUUGGUGGUUUAUUAAUGGGAAAGUGUAAUUGAUGGAAGAUUAGCAAGAAAGUUUCUCUCUUUCGACAGAAA